CGCUAUGCAAUUUGCUUGCAAAGAAAAAUCAGUUAUGUCUAUAAUCAACACAUUACAAGAUACUGAUGACAACAUUCUGCCCAUUGAUGAAGAUCCACAGGUUGUUAUCAACGACGAUGAGCCAUCCGGUGCACAAAAAAUACCCAACGGGCGCUCUAUGGACUCCUUGCGGUCGUCGUUCACUAAUCGGAGUUCCACGCCAGACUCCUCACACAAUUCUCUUGAUGUUGCGGACAUCGGCCCUGAUGAGCGAGAGGAGAAAGCACGUUUGAUUACCCAGGUGCUGGAGCUGCAAAAUACCUUGGACGAUUUGUCACAGCGUGUAGAUUCGGUGAAAGAGGAAAAUUUAAAAUUGCGAUCAGAGAACCAGGUGCUUGGCCAAUACAUUGAGAAUCUGAUGUCGGCUUCAUCUGUGUUCCAAUCGACUAGUCCCAGCGCUACAAAAAAGAAGUAGGCAGUCUUUUAAUCUGCUAAACACCGCCCACACACCUAAGAAGCCUUUGUCGUUCAUAAAAACACUAAAGCGAGAUUUUUUGUGUAUGCACAUUCCUUGAUUCUGUGCGUAACUUUAUUUAUUAAUUUAGGCUAAGCACCUCCGAUCGAAUAUGCAAUAUACAAGUAUUUAUUUAACAAUUACUAUACAUAAACUUAACGCACUAAAAAGCUUAUGCUAAAUAAAUCAAUAUUACCCGCUUGGUA